AUGGAGACAAGGGCAGCACUACCAGUCGUCAGCCCAGGGGCUACGCCGCAAAGGCAAAAUUUGUCAAAGAAAAUGAUUGUAUACGAGAUAUGCCACGUGGCAGGGCACUUGGUGGGGAGUCGUGAUGAAGACGAGUUGCUGCUUAUUAGUGAGACUCUCGACAUGCUCUCUCACAACUUUGGUUCAAGUGCGAUGUGGGAAGGAAAGAUAGUAUACCCAAAGAGCCAAGAGGAUGUGCAAACAAAAACACAACUCGACAGCACCACAUUGCAUUCGCAACCACACUGCAAACCCAUUCUUGAACCACAAUCCUGUCUCACGCUCGAGCUCUUUACUCAUAAAGGCGUGAUCGACAAAACCAAGCGCGAGAUAUCUGUCAUGAACAUGAUCAAACACGAGCACGUUGUCCACCUCAUUAAUAAUGAAACGAACAGAGGCUCAUUACUAAGAAAUAGAAAUUUUUUUACAUGA